UUGUAAUAAAACACGAAAACCAAAAGCAACGGGGAUUACACCAGAGACGUUGCGUUUUGCUACGGUAAAACCCCGGGACCUGAAGCUUUGAGAAGCCUCAUCCGAGAUUAUAACAGAAGCAAGAGGAAGACACUCAAAAUUCAAAAACAAUAUUCGGAGCCAGCGCCAGUCUCUUCAAAAUCGAGUUAGUUUUUCUCAAAAGAAGAAGAAAAUGUCGGUGCAAGACUAUUUGGAUAACCACAUGCUCUCUCGGAAAAUCGAAGACGCCGUCAAUGCCGCCGUUAGGGCUAAGGCCCCCGAUCCCGUCCUCUAUAUCUCGAAUCAUAUGAGGAAAGCGAUUCCGUCAGUGAUAACGAAGGUCAAAGCUCGGCAGAUCCUCGAUAGCAGAGGAAUUCCAACUGUUGAAGUGGACCUCCACACUAACAAAGGAAUGUUUCGUGCUUCUGCUCCUAGUUCUGAUAUUUCUGGAAUGUAUGAGGCUGUUGAAUUGCGAGAUGGGGACAAGGGAUCGUAUCUUGGAAAUAGUGUGACUAGAGCUGUUAAGAAUGUGAAUGAGAAAAUAUCUGAAGCAUUGGUAGGCAUGGAUCCUACGCUUCAGUCUCAGAUUGAUCAGGCAAUGAUAGAGCUGGAUAGAACAGAAAAGAAGGGUGAACUUGGAGUAAAUGCCAUACUAGCUGUGUCAAUUGCUGCUUGCAAAGCUGGAGCGGCUCAAAAAGAGGUGCCACUGUACAAACAUAUUGCCGACCUUUCUGGAAAAUCACAACUGACCCUGCCUGUCCCUGCUUUCACUGUUAUAAGUGGGGGAAAGCGUGCUGGGAAUAAUCUGGCCAUUCAGGAAAUUAUGGUUCUCCCAAUUGGAGCUAACAGGUUUGAGGAGGCAUUGCAAAUGGGAUCGGAAACCUAUCAUCACUUGAAGGCUGUUAUUACAGAAAAAUAUGGUGCACAUGGAUGUAAUGUUGGAGAAGAUGGUGGUUUUGCUCCAAACAUCUCCAGCAUUAAAGAAGUCUUGGAUCUUGUUAAAGAGGCGAUCAGCAGAACAGGUUAUAAUGAGCAAAUAAAACUAGCAAUUGAUGUUGCUGCUACUGACUUUUGCAUAGGUACAAAGUAUGACCUGGACUACAAAUCAGCAAAUAAGUCGGGACAAAAUUUCAAGUCAGGCCAAGAUAUGACUGAGAUGUAUAAAGAACUUUGUAAUGAGUACCCAAUUGUUUCAAUUGAAGACCCAUUUGAUAAGGAGGACUGGGAACACACCAAAAAGUUUUCUGGUCUUGGAAUUUGUCAGGUAGUUGGAGAUGACUUGAUAAUGUCGAAUCCAAAACGUAUUAAGAGAGCAAUAGAGGAGUCCACUUGUAAUGCUCUUCUUGUAAAGAUAAACCAGAUUGGGACAGUUACCGAGGCCAUUGAAGUGGUGAAGUUGGCAAAGGAUGCGCACUGGGGAGUGGUGACAUCCCACAGAUGUGGUGAAACUGAAGAUUCCUUCAUAGCAGACUUAUCUGUUGGUCUGUCAACAGGUCAGAUCAAAGCUGGUGCUCCUUGCAGAGGCGAGCGGCUGGCUAAGUAUAACCAGUUGCUUCGAAUUGAGGAAGAACUUGGGGACAACGCAUUUUAUGCUGGUGAAGACUGGAGGGAAUCACCCUAAUCAUUUUCCCAGGUUUCCUCCACACAAUUUUAUUUUCCUCAUAUUCUUCAUUCAAAGUUCGGGGCUCUUACUGUGCACAUCAUGAAUAGUCAUCAACAUGAUCCACCGCUCACUGGUUCUUCUGCUUCAUUGUUUUUGUUAUCGAGUGUUUUUUCUUUGUUUUUUAUAUGAAGAGAUGGAGAGCACCAAGAAAUGUGUAAUUAAGUUUGCCAAGUUCUAGACAUGGGCCUUUAGACUAAUGAAAUUUUCAGAUACAAAUUGCAGAGAGAGAGAGAAAAAAAAGGUAACAGUUUUGAGUAAAUUUCCCCUGGAUCUGAACUUUUGUUGGCAAAUUGUUAGAGUGGAUGUUGUACUGGCCAUAUAAUGAUGAUUUUCCUGUAAGCUUGUCAA